GUUCGAUAAAGAAAUGACAAAAUGGCGCCUGGGACCAUGAAUCAGGAAACAAGUGAUAAUCAACAACAAAGCAAUACUAUAGUUUUUGAUACAUCCAAGGCAGAACUUUUCAACCCAAACAAUGGAUUCAAGUCACUCGCAAGAAAACUACGCUCAAACUGGAAAAUUAUAAUCAAUAAAGAUGAACUAUCCCUUGAAAAGAUUGUAACAGCUAAGGUGCUUGUCUUUGGAGGGCCAAGGAAAAAGUUUACAUCUGUCGAGUUUGAUGUGAUCAAGCAGUACAUUGAAGGUGGUGGCAAUGUGCUGGUGUUAAUGGGAGAAGGUGGAGAAACGAGAUUUGAUACAAAUAUUAAUUUCUUACUGGAAGAUUAUGGAAUCAUGGUUAAUAAUGACUCAGUUGUAAGAACCGUCUACUACAAGUACUUCCAUCCCAAAGAGACACUUGUAUCAAAUGGAGUUUUAAACAGAGAAAUAAACAGAGCUGCUGGUAAAUAUGUUCCAGGAUCAUCGGAUGCAGAUUCAUCUGAAUUUGGAAAGUCUGUGUCAUUUGUCUACGCUUAUGGUGCAACGCUGAAUGUCGUCAAACCUGCUGUAGCUGUAUUGUCUACUGGCAGUGUUUCUUUUCCUCUGAACAGACCUAUCUGUGGGUUCCAUUCUUCAAAGUAUUCAAGAGGCAAGCUAGCAGUACUUGGAUCAGUUCACAUGUUUAGUGAUCAGUAUCUUGACAAAGAAGAAAAUGCCAAAAUCCAGGAUGUAUUGUUCCAGUGGUUAACUACUAAUGAUCUACAGCUGAACAGCAUUGAUGCUGAAGACCCUGAAAUCUCCGACUACCACUAUAUCCCAGAUACCUCAAAUCUUGCUGAACGACUCAGAGUUUGCUUACAAGAAGGAGAUGAGAUUCCUCGUGAUUUCUCAAAGAUGUUUGAUAACGAACUGUACAAGCUGGACACCAGUGUAGUACCUGAUGUGAUUAAAUCUUUUGAAGAACUGCAUGUGAAACACGAGCCUUUACAACUCAUCACCCCACAGUUUGAAACUCCUCUACCACCGCUACAACCUGCUGUGUUUCCUCCAACCUUUAGAGAGCUACCAGCACCUGCUCUAGACUUGUUCGACUUGGACGAAGCAUUCUCUUCUGAAAAAGUCCGAUUGGCGCAGAUAACGAACAAAUGUACAGAGGAUGAUCUCGAGUAUUACGUACGAGAGUGUGGGGACAUCCUAGGGGUUACCCAUAAACUCCCUAUCGAUAAUCGUGACGCCAAGCACAUACUAGACCAUAUCUUUCAUCAGGUGGUUGAGUUUAAGAAAUUAAACCAGGAGGUUGAUGAUACAACAGGAUUGACCAACUAGACGUUCCAGUUUUAUCAUCUCUAUUUAUCUUCUGGAUAAAAACACCACUCUAACGUCAAGAUGCUAUAUCAUUGAAACCUCCUGUAUAAAGAACCCACUAGAUUGAUAUUAUUUAUUAGAUG